AUUACUGUAAAGUAUAUUUUGGUAUUUUGUGAUGAAAACUGCAGCAGCUCAGAUGUGUGCCCCAAUUCAGGGUCACUUAUGAGUCAGCACCCUUACAGCCAUAUCAACUAAGAUUAAAAGAGAAACAACACUACCUUGCCCAUGCUAGUAUGAGCAGAGUUGAUAUGGUCCUGAACAUCGUGAGCACAUGACUUCAAAGAUGGACAACUGGGUCUAUUAUAAGUUGUGAUUGGCCUUAAGCUGACUUACAACCAUUGAAGAACUUAACAGGAUUUCUCUCAUUCCUGAUUUAUGCCUAAUUGCCUCACACCACCAGCUUAACCAUGUAUGGAAGUGCUCGGUCAGUCGGUAAGGUUGAGCCAAGCAACCAGAGUCCAGGGCGUUCACCAAGGCUGCCACGGUCACCACGCUUGGGCCAUCGUCGAACCAACAGCACAGGAGGCAGUUCUGGGAGUAGUACUGGGGGUGGCAGUGGGAAAACCCUUUCAAUGGAAAAUAUUCAGUCCUUAAAUGCUGCCUAUGCUACGUCUGGCCCUAUGUAUCUGAGUGACCAUGAGAACGUGGGUGCAGACACCCCAAAAAGCACCAUGACUUUGGGCCGAUCUGGUGGGCGGCUGCCUUACGGUGUUAGGAUGACUGCAAUGGGUAGCAGCCCUAACAUUGCCAGUAGUGGAGUUGCCAGUGAUACUAUUGCAUUUGGAGAGCACCACCUCCCUCCAGUGAGUAUGGCAUCCACUGUGCCUCACUCACUGCGCCAGGCCAGGGAUAACACAAUAAUGGAUCUGCAGACACAACUCAAAGAAGUAUUAAGGGAAAACGAUCUGCUUCGCAAGGAUGUGGAGGUGAAAGAAAGCAAGCUGAGUUCUUCCAUGAACAGUAUCAAGACCUUCUGGAGUCCUGAACUAAAAAAGGAGAGAGCUCUGAGGAAAGAUGAAGCUUCAAAAAUCACCAUUUGGAAGGAACAAUAUAGAGUUUUGCAAGAAGAAAACCAGCACAUGCAGAUGACUAUCCAGGCUCUCCAAGAUGAGCUGCGGAUCCAGCGGGACCUGAACCAGCUGUUCCAGCAGGACAGCAGCACUAGAACCAGUGAGCCCUUUGUGGCAGAGCUGACAGAGGAAAACUUCCAACGACUUCAUGCAGAGCAUGAACGCCAGGCCAAGGAGCUAUUCCUGCUACGUAAAACCUUAGAAGAGAUGGAACUGCGUAUUGAGACACAGAAACAGACCUUAAAUGCACGUGAUGAGUCCAUCAAAAAGCUGCUGGAGAUGCUGCAGAGUAAAGGUCUGUCAGCAAAAGCCACUGAGGAAGAUCAUGAGCGAACAAGACGGUUGGCUGAGGCAGAGAUGCAUGUGCACCACUUGGAGAGCCUUCUUGAACAGAAGGAAAAAGAAAACAACAUGUUGAGGGAGGAGAUCCAUCGUCGAUUUGAAAAUGCUCCUGACACAGCCAAGACAAAGGCUCUGCAAACCGUUAUUGAGAUGAAG